AUGUUUUCUAGAAAGGAUACAGCUGAUCCAUUUCCUAAAGUAGAGAUCGGUGAGGCCGACCGGGGAAAAAUAUCUACCCCACAUGACGAUCCACUGGUGAUUGAGCUGAAGAUUGCCAAUCUGAGAGUUAGGCGCAUUCUGGUUGAUACAGGGAGUUCUUCUUACAUCAUCAACCUCGAAUGUUUAAAUCGGUUGCAGCAUGACUCCUCCAAGAUAGAAAAAAUUAAUUAUCCGAUUAUCGGCUUUGGGGGUAGUGUCAUCCACCCCGUCGGCAUCAUCUCCCUUCCACUCCGGAUGGGAAGUAAAAAGGAAUUCCGUCAAAUGGACGUUCGCUUUCUCAUAGUCAAAGACUUGACUGCAUACAAUGUGAUUCUAGGACGUCCUACUCUGAACAGGGCAAAAGCUGUCAUAGUUACUCACAUAAUGCUUCUGAAAUUUAUUUGCGACGAUGGGAGCGUCAGUACUAUACAUGGUGAUCAACAGCAGGCUCGGGAUUGCUACUCAACUACCUUGAACCCGGAUGCCUGGGGAUCAGGUGAGGAGAAAGAUGUGCUAUGCAAUAAAUGA